AUGGUUGAGGAGUUCGGUUCAUUCGAUAACCUUCGAAGAGAUCAGACAUGGGGAGGCGGAACACCAAGUGGAUUCAAUGUCCAUAACAAUUGGAAGUUACNUGCUGAUCAGAUGAAAAGUUACCGUAAUGCCAUUGUUACGAUUGGAGGAGCGUGUGUGCAUCUUGAUCUGAGCAGUGCUACAAUUGUUAUUGCGAUUGAAGGUGCGCAACGAAUUAAGAGAAUGGAUUGUGAGGAUGUACCUGAAUGUAUAGCAUCUGCACGACAACAGCAACUGAUUCUAUUCACCGGUCUGGAUGUGGCCAAUAACGCAUCACAUGCAGCCGUUCUUGCGGCAUUCACGCAGAAACGUUCACUGGAUCGUGCACCUCUACGAAUGACUCUGCUCUCGGCAGAUAGUCCGCUCUAUGCGAACAAUCCUGAUCAAGCACUUAACAAAACCAAGUCACCAAAAUUCUCGCGAGGUUAUAUCAAGACUCGUUGGAUGUCGAAAUAUGUCACAGAAAUCCCUGCUGUGAUUGUUGUGUUCGCAGACUUGAAUUGGAAUCAUCCAUCGUGGAAUGAGAAAGUGACCGAGUGUGAAUCGAAAAUCUCUUCACUGAGGUGA